UGAGGCUUUUAUAGUUUGGUGGAAUCGAAUGAAUUUGAGAAUAGUCGGUGCAUGGCCAGAACCUAACGACAAAUAUGAACGUUUAUCAAAAUUUUUAUCAAUAAUAACUGGAAUUAAUUUAAUAUUUUUUAUUAUAAUACCACAAACUGUAUUUCUUUAUGAAAUAUGGCCCAAUUUUGAAUUAAUAAACGAAAGUUUGACAUUGGCUAAUUUUCCUGUAACAAUGGUAUUACUAAAGUUAAUUGUAGUUCGCAAUAGAAGAAAAGAUUUGAAAAUAUUAAUAGCGUCAAUUUAUGAAGAUUGGAAUCGCGCUAAAAGUGAAUUUGAAUGGAAAUUAAUGAGAAAUGAUGCUCAAAUUGCAAAAAUUAUUGCUCUAUAUUGCUUUACUGUGACAAUGUCAGCAACUGCAUUACGUUUUCUUGGGAAAAUAAUUGUAAACAGUCGACGAGAAGUAGAAAAUCGAGAAUUAUUUUACCUUGCACAUUUUCCCUAUGACGUUUUAAAAAGUCCUGCAUAUGAAUUAACUUGUUUUUUUCAAUCAUCUGCAGUUACUUUAUCAUCAUGCCUUUUCUGCGCAAUGAUUAGUUUUUGUUCUAUGCUCAUUUUACAUGUACAUAGUCAAUUUUCCAUUUUGGAGUAUAAUCUUGAAUCGCUUAUUAAUUCAAAUAAUUUUUCUAAUUCUAAAGAUUUUUUAUUAAAAUUGAAAAUAAUUGUCAUAGAACAUGAUCAUCUUAACAGGUUUGCAUCAGUAAUUGAAGAUAUUUUUAAUCAAGUUCUUCUUGUGGAGAUGAUAAUGUAUUCGUUGCAAUUAUCAAUGCAAUUUUAUCACUUAAUGAUUCUCAACAAAACAGGAAAUAUUACUCCUUUUGAAGCCUUCUUUUGGAUGUCUUAUGUAUUUGUCAUUUUAGCAAACCUAUACGUUGUAUGCUAUCUUGGAGAAAAGCUCAAAUUUGCAGCUUUAAAAUUGCAAUUUAGUGUUUAUAGAAGUAAAUGGUAUAAUUUAACAACAUUGGAAGCUAAAAAUUUAUUAAUGCUAUUUUUAAGAACAGAAAUUCCAUUACAAAUAACUGCUGGAAAAUUUUGUAUAUUCUCUUACGAAACAUUUGCUAUGGUAAUUAAAAAAUCAGUGGCUAUUAUGUCAGUAUUUUUAACAAUGCAACAAAAAAUAGACACAUAGUUUUUUUUAAAUAUUGUGCAUUUUUAUAAGGUAAAACUCCCUAUUGUUUGACCAAUUUCACUUAUUA